AUGCCCAGCGGAACACCGGCCCAUCAUCUUCAUGCUACUCCGAAGCCCAUCGUGGCAGAGCGGGCGCAUGGGCAUAAGGAGGGGCACCCACAGGUGACACCUGUGACCAAUGUUUUGCCAGGGGACAGUCCCUUCGUCAUGUGGGACCAAUUCCAGUCCGCUAUGAGUGUGAUAAGAACUGUUAUACGCGGGACCGGGGAAUCGGACGCAACGUUUCCCAUACUCCCAGAAAAUUGCAGCACUGUGCAGGCCUUUUUGAUGCGCAUCGAGCGCCGGUACACCCAGAUGGGAUUGGAGCCGCGCGAGUGGGGAAGCGCACUAAUUGACCACCUUGUGGGCCCAGCUCUAACGGUCGCGGACAUCCGGUACGUGUCUGCCCCAGCAAAAGGGAACGUACCAGACGUUCGGGGGAAAUAUGCAAGAAAUGUGGCGGUGUGGGACACUAUGCUCGCGACUGUCCUACUUAUGAACGAGUGGGGAAACCAACUCCUCAACACUGCGGAAGGAACUGAUACGAGCAAUGGGCACGCGGAAGGGACUCAGCCGCUUUCGGAAGCGCAGCGGGAGUCUGAGUCGGCGUCAAUCCUGAGUGAAGAGGCUCCGGGCGCGACGACGGCUAGCAGCAGGAAGUCUGCAGAGGCAACAGAAGACGGCUAUAGGCCAUACGCAACAGAGAUUGCGCCACACUGGUGGCGGGAAACUUGCAUGAAAGAGCCUUACGACCAAGGGGGAGCACUGUGCUAUGCGGGUGCGACGGCGGUGCUUCGCGUUGAGCUCGCAGGGAGUCCGUCUGACGCGCUCUUGGACAAUGGGGAUUCGAGAAGUUUCAUUAGUACCAAAACAGUCGAAUGA